ACAAUUCUGUGGUCUAUUUUCAAUGUUUUCAUUCUAUUUUUUAUUUUGAAAAGUUUGGAAGGAAAUUUUUAAUGACACAAUUUAGAGAAGACAUCUCUGUUUAUAGAAUAAUUUCGAUUCUCGGAGGAUGUUUUCAAAACAGGGCAAUUGUAAAUUUAGCAAAACAUGUUCCAUCUGAUCGAAUGUUAGCUGUGAAACGUUAUCAGUUGGAAAAAAUUCGAGAUAGUUAUUUAUUAGACUUGAUAGAGAAAGAAAUAAUUCUGACUCGACAAUUGCAACAUCCAAAUAUCAUUAGUCUUCAUACCGCCUUUGUUUACGGACCAGAAAUAUUUGUAAUAAGUCCUCUGCAGGCCUAUGGUUCUUGCAAAUCUCUAAUAAAUUCACAUUUCAAUGAAGGACUACCAGAAUUGGCCGUCAUUCUGAUAUUAAGGGAUGUAACUGAAGCAAUAUCUUAUCUCCACAAGAUUGGGUUUAUUCAUAGAGCCAUACGAGCUAGUCAUAUUCUUAUAUCUGCUACAGGAAAAGCAUGCUUAAGUGGGCUCCGAUAUGCCUGUUCAAUCGUUAACAACGGGAAAUGGCAGAAAGCCAUUCAUUCAUUCCCAUUGACUACUAAGUCAAAUCUUAAUUGGUUGAGCCCUGAGUUAUUAGAACAAAAUUUAAAAGGUUAUAAUGAAAAAUCCGAUAUCUACAGUUUGGGCAUGGUAUGCUGUGAAUUGGCAAAUGGCAGAGAACCAUUUGCCGAAGUGGAUACUACUCUCAUGCUUGUAGAAAAAGUGAGGGGAUGUGCCCCAAGUUUGUUAGAUUGCAAUACUAUCUUUUCAACUAGUGAAGAUCGUGAGUGUCAAGGUGACUGUGAUGUUCCAGUUAGCUGGUCUAAGAGAAGAUUCAAUUCACAUCUUCAUGAGUUUUGUUACAUUUGCUUGGAGAGGGAAUCGUCUAAUAGACCAAGUGCUGCUCAGUUGUUGCAACAUCCUGUAUUCAAGCUUAUCAAGAAAGGAGCAUCUUUACCUGAAUUGCUGAAACCUGCCAUACCUCUAAGCGAUAAGGUGGCUUUCAAUGGAGAAGAAAUGACUAAUGUGGACCAGAUCGAACAUUUUUCGGAUAUGGACAUGUCUCUUUAUGAUUGGGAUUUCUCUCUAGAUGAAAACGGAGAACAUUGAUAGUCUUCCCGAACAUCACUGGAUAUACAUUUUUGAAUUGAAGAUUUUAUAACAAAAAUUGUUGUAAAUAAAGUUUAGAGAAGUAUUGAUAA